CCCUGCCAAUACUACAAGGGCGAAUACAGUAUCUUACUAUUGUGUUAUUUUCUUAAAGUAUAAACACUUAAAGCCAAGGGGAAACAGAGAAGCAGUGUACAGUUAGCAGGCUGUGUUUGGGUCAUACAUAAAUAGAGGGGAGAGAGAAUAGAGGAAGGAGAGGAUGGAGGAAAACAUAGCAGCAGGACAGGAAGAAACAGAUGGUCGUUAACAAACACUGUAGACAUGUUUAACAUACACACGAGUGAGUGAGUGGGUAAUCUAACUUUCCUCUAUUUAUGAACAACAAAUGCAAACGGCAUUCUCCACAUUUUGGAUAGAGCAGAGCACAGACAGGAAGAGUGUGUUUUCAUGGGCUUAGGAUCCAUCACUUUCCAACAAAGAACAGCUUAUGGCAGCUGGGUCUGGGUCUAAACUCUUGAUUACGCCUCAUUUCCAGAUGCAUCAAACUAUUUGCGUUCCGGCGGAAGUCAUUCAUUGUCAAUGAAGCAGUCCGCAACGCUACGUUGGGGUGCCGCAAUAGGCUGUGGUGCAUUCUGUGUACUGCAUGCAUUCAAUAUUUUCAACUCGUGGGUUGCUUUACCGUGCGGUGGUACAAACGGAAGUACAGUCACAGACUCUAACAAGCUAACUUUUAGCUACUGUAGUAGAAAAGCGAAGCACAUGUGCGUCAAGUACGGAAAAUGUGGACUAGACAUCCAGCAAAACAAAGCGCAUAUGCAUCUGGUGGACAUCGGGCAAUAGACCUCCAUGCAGUGGAAGCAGCUGGCUGAGCCAGGGGGAAGAAGAUGGUGUUAUCUAGAGGUUACCCAUCAGGCCACUGAACAGGAAGCAGGUACAGAGGAACAGGAAGUAUGGCCAGGUCAGCUGAAGGCUGAUGGGAAAAUUCCCAGUUACAGUAAUAAACACAGCAGCGUGCUGGGGGAUAUGUGUAGACCUAUUUUAUCUUCAGCAAAGAGACCGCUGGGAGACCAGUCUCAAGUCUUACUAGCUCCAUACAGAGAAUGCAGGUGCACCAGUGACACAGUCAGCCUGGUUGUAGAGGAGCAGAAGAAGAGAAGAGGAACCACUAGCCAUGGGGCCCAGAGCUUGGUGCCUGUUUGUCCUGCUUGGGCUGUCCGUCUGGGGCAGCAGUGAGGGCCUCAGAUCCCCCAACCUGACCCGGAGACGGAGGUACCUGGAGGACAAAGGCGAACCACCCAAAAAGUGCUCGUAUACCUUCCUGGUCCCUGAGCAGAAGAUCACAGGGCCAAUCUGCACCAGCCGGGGCCUACACACGGACAAGGACCGCGUGACCCGCGUGGAUGUAGCGGCGGUGAGGGAUCUGCUCUCCAAACAGAGACGGGAGAUGGAUACCCUGAAGCUGGUGGUGAACAUUGAUGGGAACAUGGUGAACGAGAUGAAGUUGCUGAGGAAGGAGAGCAGGAACAUGAACUCCAGGGUGACCCAGCUCUACAUGCAGCUGCUGCACGAGAUCAUCAGAAAGAGAGACAACUCUCUGGAGCUGGCUCAGCUGGAGGGACGCAUUCUGAACGCCACAGCAGAGUCCCUACGUCUGGCCGCCCGCUACCGUGACCUAGAGGUCCGAUACGCUGCGCUCUCCGCCGUGGUCAACAGCCAGUCAGUUCUGGUUGGUGCCCUGGAAGAGCGCUGUCUGCAGGUGUACGGCCGGCGGCAGGAGCAGUCUCCUCAGGGCCCACCACUGGUGCAGGUGGUGCCAGAGAACAUACCGGUUAGCAUCCCGAGAUUUACCAACGAGAUCCAGAGGGACCACGGCCGGGCAUUUCCCAGAGACAGGGGCUCCCAAGCAGGGCCAGCACCCACAGGAAGCACCCUGGAGCUCCAGAAGGUUCCGCAGGGCAACUUCAGUGCAGAGGGUCCUUUCAGGGACUGUCUCCAGGCCCAGGAGGCUGGCCAUGGCACCAGCGGUAUGUACCUGCUGAAACCUGGCGAAGCGGAGAGGCCCAUGCAGGCGUGGUGUGAGCAGGACCUGGACAACGGAGGCUGGACCGUCAUCCAGAGCAGGAGGGAUGGCUCUGUCAACUUUUUCAGGAACUGGGACGCUUACAAGAAUGGAUUCGGCAACAUAGAUGGGGAGUACUGGCUGGGGCUGCUGGGGAUCUACAAUUUAGGGAAGCAGGGAGACUACAGACUUCUAGUGGAGCUGGAGGACUGGGUGGGGAAGAAGGUGUAUGCUGAUUACAGCAGCUUCCACCUGGAGCAUGAGAACGAGGGCUACCGCCUGAGGCUGGGCACCUACCAGGGAAACGCUGGCGACUCACUCAGCAGCCACAACGGCAAGCAGUUCACCACACUGGACCGAGACAAGGAUGCCUUCUCAGGUAACUGUGCACACUUCCUUAAGGGAGGCUGGUGGUACAACUCCUGUGGCCAGGCCAAUCUGAAUGGUGUUUGGUACACCGGCGGGGUCUAUCGCAGCAAGUUCCAGGACGGAAUUUUCUGGGCAGACUACGGCGGAGGAUUCUACUCUAUGAAGGGAGUCCGCAUGAUGAUUAGACCUAUAGACUGAGACUACAGAGGGAGAGACAUGACCAUCCUAUCCCUCAACCAACACGUGUACAGUAUUGCCUAUCGCAGACCUACUCACUCACAGAGAUUGAGUACAAACAUUGUCUGACCUUAUUGUGGGAUGGUAAAGUAUUAAAGUAUACUACUAAUGUCUGGGCCUCACUGUCAGCACUAGACUUAGAGCAAGGAGUGCCAGGCCUAUUGGUUACCAUGGAGAGCAAAACAACUGACCAUGUGGUAUGGAAUUGAAAUCUGUGUAUGUUACUAGAGGUAAAAGCUUGCCUAUUUUAGAGGUGUGUAAAUAUCUUUACAUGUCAUAAUAACAUCUUAUGUAAGCAUUCAAUCUACUUUGUUUCAACUUCUCCAUCUUGAGAUGCUUUAUGAUUUGCAUCCCUUAAGAUAUUUUUUCAUGUAUUUGAAAUAAACCAGGGAGAAGCUGUAAAUGAUCCUAUAGAAAACAUUGGGUUUUCUAUUCACUGUCUAUAUUUGUGGAUCAUGCACCAUUUAUUGUGCUUUCACAGCUGACUUAUGUACUGUAGCCUGUGUCAAUGUUUUUCUCAUUUUGCAGUUGAUUAAAUCUCAAUACGAGCCAGAGACAAAACAAGAAAAAAAAGGAAAGGAAUUACGGUUUGUUUUGUGUGGUUUUUGGAGACUUAAAAAAUGCACACGAAGCAGAGAGUUAGUAUGAAGUAUCGGAACAGACAACGAGAAACACAUGGCUGAAAGCCACAGGAUAGAGUGAAGGGAAGAAGGGAGAGAGGGGAAGAGCGAAAGGGGAAGGGGAAGAGAGGGGGGGGGGGACUGGGAUGGAUUCUGCCACAUUUUCAAGUGAUCUUUUUUUUCUUCCUUUUAAAUACAGAAAAAUGUACAUUCUUUCCAUACAAAAGUGCUUGGGCUGUAUGUUUAAAAAAUAUUUUGAAUUGAAAAAGUCACGACUCUCUGUGGUCCGUAAUCACCGGUAGAACUGGCUAGAUCUGGAGGGAAACUGACCCCAAAGGAGAGACCAGCGGGUUCCUCUGGCUGAUGGGUCUGGAGCACACGGCACACUACAAAAGACAUACGGUAUCACACAUUAAAGUCAAUGGGAAAGAGACAUCCAUAAACUUCAACAAAACAUACGAUUAUAAUGAGCUUUGCUGUAUAUUUGUCACACAUGGACACAAGAUGAAGGGUAAUAUUCAAGUUUAAGUCACCAAACUUGAAUAUAAACCAGUCAGAAUGAACCAAACAGGCUCUUUGUACUGUUUUAUAGACAUGUUUACAGAUGUACAAAAACUCAGAGCCAAUUUAACAUGCUGUUGUGGAAUACUCAAUCCAAAGAUUAAGGCAGAGAAUAAUUUAAAGUAUAAUAGUGAAUAUUUAAAUGCAAGCAGCUGGAAGGUAGAUCCCUCUUUGAUCUCAGUCAGGGAAGGAGCUGGAAGGUAGAUCCCUCUCUGAUCUCAGUCAGAGAAGGAGCUGGAAGGUAGAUCCCUCUCUGAUCUCAGUCAGAGAAGGAGCUGGAAAGUAGAUCCCUCUCUGAUCUCAGUCAGGGAAGGAGCUGGAAGGUAGAUCCCUCUCUGAUCUCAGUCAGGGAAGGAGCUGGAAGGUAGAUCCCUCUCUGAUCUCAGUCAGGGAAGGAGCUGGAAGGUAGAUCCCUCUCUGAUCUCAGUCAGGGAAGGAGCUGGAAGGUAGAUCCCUUUCUGAUCUCAGUCAGGGAAGGAGCUCUAAGAGUAACUGGAUGUUGUUGGUCAAUUUCUUCAACAGAUUAUCAGAUCUAUAUAAUUAUCAAACUUAUAUACAGUUGAAGUCGGAAGUUUACAUAAACUUAAAUUCUCCAACCUAAGUGUAAGUUAAGCAAUUUAAAGGCAAUGCUACCAAAUACUUAUUGAGUGUAUGUAAACUUCUGACCCAUUGGGAAUGUGAUGAAAGAAAUAAAAGCUGAAAUAAA